CAGUCCUGCAGUGUACCAUCUCCUCCUCUAUUUUUUUCAAUGCCAGUCACCGAUGGGGCCGAUCUAACCGCAAACCAUGCACCCUCUCUUAUCGUCCUUUCCUAUGCUUCCCCGUCGGCUAGCGUUCGCUGGCAUUGAAAAAAAUUGAGGAUGCGGUGCCUGUCUAAAUCGGAGACGUCUCCGUACGUGCAGCGACCAGGCUUCAGGCUCGCCAUUGCCAUGUUCAAAACAAAAAUCCUUGCGCCAAGGCAAUGCCUCAAGAGCCAUGCUGGUGAACGCUAUCCGUUCCAGAACGCCGGCUGCCCGUGCUACAGCACCGGCAUUGCUUGCUCCUUGGGCACGAUGGAAGCGUUUAGAAGUACUGAAGGAUGGAAACCGAGAGUGAACGUUGUUGUUUUGAAGGUGACUUCACCAACUUGCUUCUCCAUAAGGGAAGCACCAGGUCUUCAGAUGUCCCAAAGUGGAAGAGACUUUGCCUACAUGGAAUCGAAUAUGGAACAAUACAUGGGAAAGUGUGAACCACUAAGCAGCACUGAGCCACCUGCUAUUGGAUCUAUUGUUCUGGUAAGGAAGCAAACAGACAUGGAAUGGUACCGUGCACGUGUUGACAAGAUCGUUGACACCACAAGCACCUACCAAGCGGAGGUCACUUUGGUUGAUUAUGGGCAAACACUUGUGGCAGAGAGAGAAGAGUUACGCAAAGUGUCCAGCAAGAAGAUUCUCCAGGUUCCCUUUCAGUGUAUUGAAUUUUCACUGUUUCGACUGAGGCCUCUCCAGCCAACAAGCAAUGAGGCUACCAUAACUGUAGAGCACGUACCAGCGGACUCUUGGGAUGCUGCCACCAUUGAAUAUGUGAAGUCAGCUGUAGAGAAGGCCAAUUCAGUGCAAGUCCAAGUGCUGGGACAAACUGUCUCAGGUGGUCUCUAUGGAAAGCUUUUCAUAGGAUGCAAAAAGAAAGUUAUGGCUCUGGAUGAGGAGCUUGUCAGUCUGAACUAUGCCUUUUUGGAUCCAGAAGCAGACGGUGACGAAAUUUUGUUGGAGGAUGAAGACUUCAUGCUUGAAACCAGCAAAAGUGAACAGCAUUCAACAAAGAAUACUUACGACAAAGAUGACAAAGAAGAAACUACUUCCAGGAGUUCCACUGUCAAGCAAGCGCUUAACAGGAAGAACACCUUAGCAGUGACACCAGAAGUACUUGACAUUAGGGCCUCCUCACUAUGUACCGAAGACAUUCCUGCAGAAAUGCCUCUUGCCGAAGUGUCAUUGGCAUCCAUGUGCACCACUGCUGCCAGCUCUCCUUCAGAAGGACUGUCCUUAUUGACCAGCAUGUGUCAGGAGCCGAAUGUCACUGAUAGAACAGAUGUUCGUGCUGAAAAACUAAACAUUACAGUGCCCACAGAAAGUCAUAACAUUCAAUCUUGCAUUCCUACUCCGGCCAGGGCUCCAACUGAAAAUGCUAAAGUCCUUGAAGUAGGUAAGACAGUGUGUUCUAGUAGCGAGGUGAAGCUAGCAAGUGGAAUUGAUUCCCAUCCCGAUAAGGAGGUGGAUAUUCCUGGUACUAAGGGUGAGGAACACAUAACAACUGCUCCGAGCAAGAUAAUGCUAUCAGAGUUUCGGCCACCCUGCUUCCAGGGCCUUGUAUCUAGUCUUGGCAAGGCUGAUGACUUGUUGAUGCGCCGUUCUGCGGGGCGCGGUGUCAUACUUUUGCAAGCUAAACAGCCAACCAGCCCGAUACUGACCCAACCAUGGUUGUCACAGCCAGUUCACACGCAGAGCAAAAAGCCAGUGCAAGAUUGCCUACCUGGAUUCACAUCAACGGGCAUGGGUAUGGGUCAUAACCGCUCAUCACGAGCAUUGAGCAAGGCUGCCAAGUUGUGGGACCUGCUGCAGAAGAAAGACCGUGUACCAAGUGAGACACACUUGCCAAUCCUCAAGAGUACAUUAAAGAAGCCUCAAAGCAAUGAUAGGCUAACAGGUCCUGUCAAGUCUGAUGAAAUAACAGAAGAAGCUGCAUGCCAUGGAGGAGGUGAUGGGCUGAUUCCAACUAAUGCAAAUUUGCCAACAACAGGAUCAACCUCAUGCAUCAGUAACACCAAAAGUCAGCCUGAAUCUGAAAAAACAAGUGACAGUACUGCUGAUGAGUUGAUAGACUACAGUGACUUCAUGAGUCCAUGCAACAUAGUUGAGGAGAUUGUGGAUCCUGACCUUGAGGAAGCGAAGUGGAACCUCAAAUUUGAUACUGAAGUGCCAGAUCUUGCAGCCAUCAAUGUGUGCCAGGCGCCGGAAGACUUCCGACGUCAUGACUUCCAAAGCUUUGCUGAAGUUCCAGUGGAUCUGGAUCCCUACACACUGUUCGGGGAUUCUGCAUACUUCAGUGCUGAUUUUGAUUCUUGCAAGCUACCGGCCCAGCUGGCAUGCUCCAGAGUUCGGGCCAUUUGCCAUGGCAUCUGGGCGCGUAAGCCCAUGACUAAUUUGGACCAAACACCCUUUGAUGCUACCCUGAAGGAACGCUUGCGUUCCCUGGGGUUCCGCAGCCCAUCAUGCAUACAGUCAGUAGUUUGGCCUGCAGUCCUGACCGGCAGAAAUGUAGUGGCGGUGGCCCCACCACACACAGGCAAGACGCUUGCCUACCUGAUACCACUCGUGUCAAGAUUGGCCACUGAGACCGACUACGAUGAACUGCGCAUAGGCUGUGGACCCCUGAUGCUGAUAUUGACGUCUACAUGGCAAGGAGCCCACCGCAUUUACGAGCAGGUUAACCUGCUGGUUGAAGAGGACAAAAGUCCUAAGUGCUGUGUCCUCUAUGCUGGAGGGUCAGAAGCUGGAAAAGAGAUACCAAUCAUCAACGGCUGUGACAUACUUGUUGCUACUCCCCACAGCUUUUUACGUUUUCUGAAAAACUACAACAGACUGAUCGUCAACCUAUACCGGUGCUGUCACUUGGUCCUGGAUGAUGGCGAACGGCUACUAGAGAAGUACACUGUGGAGGUGACUGCAGUGGUCAAUGAAUUUCAGCAGUGCCAAGAGCGACGCAAGUCUCGUCUCCACCUUCCUCAAAUUAUAGUGUGCUCAACAAUGUGGACCAGUAGCCUGGACUGCUUUUUACGUAUGUCACUCAUGCAUCAGACUCCCCUGGUCAUCCUUUCAUCGUUCUCUGAGGCUGCCGUCUAUGCAGCAGUGCCCACAGUCAUCUGCUAUGUUGACCCACUAUCGCAGAAUGAUGCUUUAUUAAAAAUUGUAAAAGAUAGCGUUGGCCGAAAAGUGGUGGUGUGCGCUGCAGAAAGAGAGACGGCCAUUGCUGUGCAUCAGUUGCUCACGUCGCAUGACUUGUACUCCCUGCUGCUUCAUGAUGAGCUUCCCGUGGCCAAGAUCUCUGAAGUGUCAAAUGAAUGGACAUCCAAGCAUCCUGAGGUCAACAUGCCCAUUCUUGUGAUCCAAGACAAGGUGCUGCCUUUGACCAGUAUUCGGGAUGCUACUGUUCUUGUCCACUAUGACAUACCCAAAUUAUCCGAGUUCAACUUUGGGUUUCGGUACUCGUGCAUUGCUGACCAUAUGCGCUCAUUCAUAGAUAAGGAGAAUUUCUAUACAUCUGAAGGACCAGUGGCCCACAUGAUACUAUCAAGCAACAACAGAAGUAUUUCAGUACAACUUGUAGAGUUUCUAAACAGGCUCGGCAGCAAUGUGCCUGAUGGACUGGUUCAUCUAGCUGCACAGGAACAAAUGAGAGUCUCGUCUAGCACUGAGCUGCCAUUGUGCCCCAAUCUCAAGGCCAUCGGCCGUUGUGAAAGACAGUCAGGAGAGAAUCACUGUUCAUACCGACAUCAGAUCCUGCCCGAGGCAGACCAUUCACCAAGUUGGUCUCACCUGCCCUGUCAGGGCAAUGUUCGGAUUGCAAUAAUGAAAGUUACAAGUGCUUCACAUUUUUAUGCACAGAUUCUGCAGCAGUGGGAUGUACCAUCUGCAUCAACAAAUGAGAAUGAGCCAGAAGUAAAAGAAAAUUGGGAACUCCAGGAAGUUAUGUCACUCUUAAGGGAACACUCUCGGCCGGAAAAACGUGUGCCUCUGGACGAAAAGGCCAUGCCUACAGUUGGCCAAGUUUAUGGUCUGGAGACUGGCGCUGACCAAUUUGAGAGAGUCCGGGUGACCUCAGUGUCAGUGAGCACUGCAGCACCAGCCAGUGUGACCGUGAUGCACCUCGACUGUGGAGGCCAGUCAACUGUGUCUGCAACUCGACUGUUUCAUCUUCCACCAAGACUCGCCAUGAUACGGCCUUUAGCAGUGGAAGUGUAUUGCUGUAAUGUCCAGCCUCCAGACAAUGAUCUUAGCUGGACUUUUCAGGCUGACUUCAAGGUGCAUAGUCUUUUCUUCAGGAAGGAGCUUGUUGGCAAGAUUGUGCUGCGCCUGGGCAAUACUCUGUGGCUUGAACCACUUGUCUUGCGGGAAAAACUGCGACUUGUUGAUGCUCAGGUGGUCCUACAAAAUGUGAGAAGUACCCUCAUUAAGGAGGGCUUUGCUUGUGCUAACCCCACACAUAUGGACCCCCUGCGCAAGAUGGCUGCUGAUGCUGGAGUGACAGUGCCUCCACUUUUUGCAGAGACAGAAGGUCAAAGCAAUAUCGGCAAUGUCAUGGACACCACUGUAAACAAACCAUGCACUACAUACCUUGACACAAGGGAUUAUAACCAUGUUUUCCUGUGGAAAGCCACCUCUCCUUCUCAUUUCUAUGUAAAACCAUGCAGGUUCGAUAAAUGUCUUGACGAUCUUGAAAAGAACAUUGAGAAUGCUGUUCAACAACAAAAACUUGAAAAGCUAAAAUCUGUGCAUGUCGGAGCACUUUGCAUUGCUCAUUGCAGCAACAACAGCUGGUAUCGUGGUGAAGUGCAAAAUAUCCUUAGUGACGAAGAAGUUGUAGUCUUUUUUCAUGACUAUGGAGACUCUGAAACUUGUCGUGUAAAUGAGCUCCUAGAGCCACUUUCGUGGAUGAUGCUGCUGCCCUAUCAGGCCCUUUUGUGCAGCUUGGCUGGAAUUGGCCCCACCUCUCAGGAGUGGAGUCCAAAGGCCCAGUGUGUUCUUGAAGACUUCGGUUAUGACAACAACAAUUUCAACCGUGUUUUGUGUCUCGGAGUUGCAAGAAAAAUCGCUGGAGAUCGGCCGGGGACUAGCAGUUACGAGGUCUUCUUGUUCGACAAUUGCAGCUCAGGGCGAAUUAGUGCAAGUGAUUUGCUGAUUAUGCAAAAGCUUGCUGUCCCAACUGAGCUGCCUCAGCUCAACUUUGAUAUCAGCCUUCCACAUGAGUCUGCAGUUCGGAAGGACGAGGCUUUGCCACAAAGUGAAUCAGAUGACGACGAUGAGUGGGUGACAUCUGACUGCAAAAGAAGGCUGGGAGAACAUCUGUUCACUGUAUCGGCUAAAGAUUGUGACCAGGUUCUGGCACCAGUAGCUAAUGAGCAAGAAACAGAUUGUCAUGGCAACUACAUGGCAGCUGCUGAUCUUUUAGUGCAAGAUCCAAGCCAUGAUAGCCACACAUUGCAGCAUAUAGAUGGUGUGUGUCCUUCCAAAGCCAUACCAGCAGUUUCAGCAGUUUCAGAAGCUUGUGAUGAGAUUGUAUCGGGGCAUGAGAAUAGUGAGUGCCUGUCCAAAGCCAUCCCACCGGCAUCUACACAAGGUCGUGAUGGCAGUGCCUUUGAGAAUGGAGAGUGUGUGUGCCUGUCCGAAACCACAUCAGCAGCUGCUCAGCUCAUUGACCACCCAGAACUUGGUGGCAGCGCUUUGAGCCUGUGCCUGCCUACUUUAACCUCAGCUGCGAAUGAUCAGCCAGAAUGGCCCCAUCGUCUUGACGAUGUACUGAAGCAAAGGGACAGUACUUGCCUCUGCAGUGCCAGAAGUACAGACACGGUGCCGCCAAAGUUACACAAGCGCAUUGACAAGAAGAAUGUGGCAAAAAAGAAGAAGGCUACCAAAAUGAGCUGGCAAGAUGCCUUGAAAGCUGGCCUCCAAACUCUGGAUUCCCAGUUCAAAACAGUAUCCAGCUAUCAGCCAACUGUGCUAUGGUGGCAAGAUCGUAAUUUCGUGCAUGUGGACAUCCCUGUCAUGAAUGUAACAGAUUACAAGCUGAACUUGACUGCAACUACACUGUGCCUCAGGAUUACAACGACAGAGCGUGAUUUUUUGGUUCACGAAAAGCUGUUUGCUGCAAUUGAACCUUCGCAAACAAGCCUAACGAAGAAGGAGAAAUCCCUGACUGUUAACCUAAAGAAAGCAAAGGCCGAGUUGAAAUGGAAAUUUCUGACAAGACACAAGCGAAAGAUGCCGCAUAUUCGCUAUAGUCUGGACCAUGUUGGAAUGAGUGACAGUGAUGAUGACAUUAUUAUUGCGUCCAAAGCUUGGAAAGACCCAUCAUUCACAGUCUGUGAACGUCCUCGGAAGGUAUUGCCUUUUGAUCCAGUGGCCCACGAAGAAAGGACAAUGGAAAUUGAAGCUGCCAAGAACAUGGAUGAUUUCUUUGAGGAGAUGUACUGCAACUGCGAUCCCAACAAUAUUUUUGAAGACCUCGACUAGGCAACGGCAAAGCAUGCAUGCUUACCCCUGGAAACUAUCUCUGCAGCAUGGUCUGUGCUGUGGCACAGGUCAUACUUUUAAGCCUCAUUUUAAUAUCUUUUAUGUACACAAGAAAUACAUCUUGUGUUGCUGUUUGAAUGCCGAUUAGCUUAAAUAAAAACACAUUUCUUCCUUU